AAAUGGUAUGCUGCUUGCACAAACGCAAUCAUGCGCACCUCUUGUUCAUCCUCCCUCGCCCACCCCUUCUCCUUCCCCCAAUCCUCCCAAUCCUCCCAAUCCUCCCAAUCCUCCCAAUCCUCCCAAUCCUCCCAAUCCUCCCAAUCCUCCCAAUCCUCCCAAUCCUCCCAAUCCUCCCAAUUCUCCCAAUCCUCCCAAUCCUCCCAAUCCUCCCAAUCCUCCCACUCCUCCCAAUCCUCCCAAUCCUCCCAAUCCUCCCAAUCCGCCCAAUCCUCCCAAUUCUCCCAAUCCUCCCAAUUCUCCCACUCCUCCCACUCCUCCCAAUCCUCCCAAUCCUCCCAAUCCUCCCAAUCCUCCCACUCCUCCCAAUCCUCCCAAUCCUCCCAAUUCUCCCAAUCCUCCCAAUCCUCCCAAUCCUCCCACUCCUCCCAAUCCUCCCAAUCCUCCCAAUCCUCCCACUCCUCCCAAUCCUCCCAAUCCUCCCAAUCCUCCCAAUCCUCCCAAUUCUCCCAAUCCUCCCAAUCCUCCCAAUCCUCCCAAUCCUCCCAAUCCUCCCAAUCCUCCCAAUCCUCCCAAUCCUCCCAAUCCUCCCAAUCCUCCCAAUCCUCCCAAUCCUCCCAAUCCUCCCAAUCCUCCCAAUCCUCCCAAUCCUCCUAAUUCUCCCAAUCCUCCCAAUCCUCCCAAUCCUCCCAAUCCUCCCACUCCUCCCAAUCCUCCCAAUCCUCCCAAUCCUCCCAAUCCUCCCAAUCCUCCCACUCCUCCCACUCCUCCCACUCCUCCCAAUCCUCCCAAUCCUCCCAAUCCUCCCACUCCUCCCAAUCCUCCCAAUCCUCCCACUCCUCCCAAUCCUCCCAAUCCUCCCAAUCCUCCCAAUCCUCCCAAUCCUCCCAAUCCUCCCAAUCCUCCCAAUCCUCCCAAUCCUCCCAAUCCUCCCAAUCCUCCCAAUCCUCCCAAUCCUCCCAAUCCUCCCAAUCCUCCCAAUCCUCCCAAUCCUCCCAAUCCUCCCAAUCCUCCCAAUCCUCCCAAUCCUCCCAAUCCUCCCAAUCCUCCCAAUCCUCCCAAUCCUCCCAAUCCUCCCAAUCCUCCCAAUCCUCCCAAUCCUCCCAAUCCUCCCAAUCCUCCCAAUCCUCCCAAUCCUCCCAAUCCUCCCACUCCUCCCAAUCCUCCCAAUCCUCCCAAUCCUCCCAAUCCUCCCAAUCCUCCCAAUCCUCCCAAUCCUCCCAAUCCUCCCAAUCCUCCCAAUCCUCCCAAUCCUCCCACUCCUCCCAAUCCUCCCAAUCCUCCCAAUCCUCCCAAUCCUCCCAAUCCUCCCAAUCCUCCCAAUCCUCCCAAUCCUCCCACUCCUCCCAAUCCUCCCAAUCCUCCCAAUCCUCCCAAUCCUCCCAAUCCUCCCAAUCCUCCCAAUCCUCCCAAUCCUCCCAAUCCUCCCAAUCCUCCCAAUCCUCCCAAUCCUCCCAAUCCUCCCAAUCCUCCCAAUCCUCCCAAUCCUCCCAAUCCUCCCAAUCCUCCCAAUCCUCCCAAUCCUCCCAAUCCCUCUCCAAUCCUCCCAAUCCUCCCAAUCCUCCCAAUCCUCCCAAUCCUCCCAAUCCUCCCAAUCCUCCCAAUCCUCCCCAAUCCUCCCAAUCCUCCCAAUCCUCCCAAUCCUCCCAAUCCUCCCAAUCCUCCCAAUCCUCCCAAUCCUCCCAAUCCUCCCAAUCCUCCCAAUCCUCCCAAUCCUCCCAAUCCUCCCAAUCCUCCCAAUCCUCCCAAUCCUCCCAAUCCUCCCAAUCCUCCCAAUCCUCCCAAUCCUCCCAAUCCUCCCAAUCCUCCCAAUCCUCCCAAUCCUCCCAAUCCUCCCAAUCCUCCCAAUCCUCCCAAUCCUCCCAAUCCUCCCAAUCCUCCUCCCCAAUCCUCCCAAUCCUCCCACUCCUCCCAAUCCUCCCAAUCCUCCCAAUCCUCCCAAUCCUCCCAAUCCUCCCAAUCCUCCCAAUCCUCCCAAUCCUCCCAAUCCUCCCAAUCCUCCCAAUCCUCCCAAUCCUCCCAAUCCUCCCAAUCCUCCCAAUCCUCCCAAUCCUCCCAAUCCUCCCAAUCCUCCCAAUCCUCCCAAUCCUCCCAAUCCUCCCACUCCUCCCAAUCCUCCCAAUCCUCCCAAUCCUCCCAAUCCUCCCAAUCCUCCCAAUCCUCCCAAUUCUCCCAAUCCUCCCAAUUCUCCCAAUCCUCCCAAUCCUCCCAAUCCUCCCAAUUCGCCCAAUCCUCCCAAUCCUCCCAAUCCUCCCACUCCUCCCAAUCCUCCCAAUCCUCCCAAUCCUCCCAAUCCUCCCAAUCCUCCCAAUCCUCCCAAUCCUCCCAAUCCUCCCAAUCCUCCCAAUCCUCCCAAUCCUCCCAAUCCUCCCAAUCCUCCCAAUCCUCCCAAUCCUCCCAAUCCUCCCAAUCCUCCCAAUCCUCCCAAUCCUCCCAAUCCUCCCAAUCCUCCCAAUUCUCCCAAUCCUCCCAAUCCUCCCAAUCCUCCCACUCCUCCCAAUCCUCCCAAUCCUCCCAAUCCUCCCAAUCCUCCCAAUCCUCCCAAUCCUCCCAAUCCUCCCCAAUCCUCCCAAUCCUCCCAAUCCUCCCACUCCUCCCAAUCCUCCCAAUCCUCCCAAUCCUCCCCCCCAAUCCUCCCAAUCCUCCCAAUCCUCCCAAUCCUCCCAAUCCUCCCAAUCCUCCCAAUCCUCCCAAUCCUCCCAAUCCUCCCAAUCCUCCCAAUCCUCCCAAUCCUCCCAAUCCUCCCAAUCCUCCCAAUCCUCCCAAUCCUCCCAAUCCUCCCAAUCCUCCCACUCCUCCCACUCCUCCCAAUCCUCCCAAUCCUCCCAAUCCUCCCAAUCCUCCCAAUCCUCCCAAUCCUCCCAAUCCUCCCAAUCCUCCCAAUCCUCCCGAUCCUCCCAAUCCUCCCAAUCCUCCCAAUCCUCCCAAUCCUCCCAAUCCUCCCAAUCCCGACCUCUCCGCCUCACUUCCCAGUCCCCUCCUUUCCCCUCCGCACCUCCCCUCUUCCAGUUCGCACUGCUACACGGGCAUAGCUGGCAUGCACUGCACGUGCUCCGAGUGCGGCUUCGACCUGUGUCUGCAGUGCUGCCGUGAAGCGCGCUCAGGGGAUCUUCCCGGUGGGGCUAAGGCGAGCAGUCGCGCUAGGAGCAGGACCGGGACGGGGGAGAGGAAUGGGGAGGCAGAUGGCGUCUCGGAAGGAGCUGAGGCAGAGCCAGGUCAUGGAGACAAGGCUAAGGGUAAGGCGGGCGAGGAGAGGCCGGCAGGUGGGGAUGAUGAGGCGGGUAGGGACGGGGUUCCCAAGCACCUAGUGGAGCGAUGGCAGGUGGACAAGGAUGGGCGGCUGCAGUGCCCUUCCAAGGCGUGCAGCAGCAAGAGGCGCGCACAGAGAGAGUGCGGGGGGGAAGGCACGCAGGGGCCGUGGCUGGAGCUGCGACUGCUGCGUGCUGCUGAGUGGCUGGACCGCCUGGUGGAGCGGGCAGAGGAGGCUCUAGGGGCGCAGGGGGAGGGGGGCGUAAAGGAGAUGGGGAAGACGCAACAAGAGAAGAAGCAGGCUAGUGGUGGCAGUAGCCUGGCGGCUGAUGCUGAUGAUGCUGGUGGUGCUGGGAGUACUGACGAUGCUGCUGCUGCUGCCGCUGCUGCUGCAGCGAGGAAUGCGCAGGUGGCAUUUGGAAACAUCCCCGUGGUGGCUGCUGAUCAAUUCCCAUGCUGCUCGUCGUGCAAGCAGCGUGUAGUGCAGCUGCUGCAGGAGGUGAGAGGUGGCGGUAGAGGCGGCAGCAGCAGCAGCACUGCCCGUCAUGCUGCAGAUGCAACCACACGAAACGGGGUGGCGGGCGAUAGUGAGGCAGCAGAGGGGAGCGGGAAGGAGACGGGCAGGUAUUACAGGAGGAGAGCGACUCAGGAGGGGAAGGGAACGGAAAAGGGAGAGGACGAGCAAAGCAAGGCAGAGAAGGGGGGUGUAAGGAGGGAGGGCGGUGACAAUGAGAGCCGAGAUAGGAGCCCCCCUGUGCGUGAGAGCCCCCCUGUGCGUGAGAGCCCCCCUGUGCGUGAGAGCCCCCCUGUGCGUGGUCUAGACUUCCUCAUGAAACCCCACCAAUCCGCCACUCUGACCGCCCCUGCUGCCACCACCGCCACCACCACAGCCACCACCACAGGCACUUCUCCCACAGUAGCGGCCCCAGCAGUGGCCCCCUUCCCUGCCGUCCCUGCCGUCCCUGCCCGCGGCCUGCAGCGGCUACAGCAGAUGGCGGAGAGCAAGGGGCUGCGCCUGGCCUCUACUCGACCUCCUUCCUCCUGCUCGAGCUUCAUCUUCUGCCCCACCGCCCAAGACCUUGCCCCUGCUGCUCCUGCUGCUCCUGCUGCUCCUGCUGCUGCUGCUCGUGCCUCUCCUGCCCCUCUGCCCCCUCCUGCCACUGCCAAUGGAGUCCCCGCGUGCCCUCUCCCGAUCGGCCACUGCCCCACUGCGUUGGCCCACUUCCAGCAGCACUGGCAGCGCGGCGAGCCGGUGAUCGUGCGGCACGUGAUGCCGCCGUCCGUGAAGGACGGGCUGAGCUGGGCGCCGCUGGUGAUGUGGCGCGCGUUUCGCGAGACCAAGGAGGGGCGCAGCGUGCAGGAGAAGCUCACCGUGGUGGCCGUGGACUGCGAGGACUGCACCGAGGUGGAGAUCGGCACUCACCUCUUCUUUGAAAGCUACAUGGGGAAGGAGUCCAAGAGUAUGAGGAUACCUGAGAUGCUCAAAGUGAAGGACUGGCCCCCUACUGCUGUCUUCCAGGAUAGGCUUCCCAGGCACGGGGCUGACUUCCUGGCGGCGCUGCCACUGCAUGAGUACACGCAUCCGGAGAAGGGCCUUUUGAACCUGGCCACGGCCGUGCCCAAGGGCGAUCCGAAGCCGGACAUGGGCCCCAAGGCUUAUAUCGCGUAUGGAGUGAGGGAGGAGCUGGUGCAGGGGGACUCGGUGACCAAGCUGCACUUCGACAUGGCGGAUGCGGUGAAUAUCCUGACUCAUUGCCACUACCGCCCUCCCAGCAAGCGCCUGCAGGGGCUGAUGCGGAAGAAGGACUGGGAGGGGGGUGAGGGCGGGCACAGGAGAGACGGGGCGACCAAGAGUGAGAGGGCGGAAAAGGAAGGGGGGAAUGGGAACGGGCAAGGAGGUGGCGGUGGCAGUGGUGGUGGCAGUGGCGGUGGCAGUGGUGGUGGCAGUGAGCAGCAGGCAGCAGCAGGGAGCGCCAUCCAGCUGGGGGCAGAGGCAGGGAGUGAGGGCGCAGCGCUGUGGGACAUAUUCAGGAGGGAGGACUCUGACAAGAUCCGCGCCUUCAUUGCACGGCACCGGCACGAUUUCCGCCACCUGCACAACCAAGUCAUCCAGUCGAUGGAUGACGAGAUCCACGACCAGACGGUGUACCUCACCGCCAGGCACAAGGAGAUGCUCUUUGACGAGUUCGGAGUGGAGGCCUGGACGUUUGAGCAGCGGCGAGGCGAGGCCGUUUUCAUCCCUGCUGGAUGUGCGCACCAAGUGAGGAACCUCAUGUCAAACAUGAAGGUGGCGGUGGACUUUGUGUCCCCGGAGACCAUCUCGCACUGCGUGGCCCUCACCGCGCAGUUCCGCACCAUGCCCGUGCACCACCGCUCCAAGGAGGACAGGCUCGAGGUCAAGCGCAUGAUACUGCACGCUGUGGAGCGGUCCCUCCACAUUCUCGAGCAACCUGCCUAGAGACAGCUACACACACAUGUGAAAUUGAUGGUCCUAGUACAGUUGGUGUUUAGCCCUGUCAGUCAGGAAGAUGUGACGUGUCCCUCAGAGUAGUGUAGUACUUCCGUAGGUCUGUUCAACGUAGGUUUGGUAUGGGUUUCUUCCCGUGUGCCAUGAAUGUUCAUUACUGAUGCAGGUAGCCUACAG